AAUAGAAAGAGUAAUUCCACUUUUAGACUCCCUCCAUCAACAUCUAAUGCUCACUCACCAUAUGUGACCGCUACACGCAUCGAGUGUUCGAUAUCGUACGAAAUGGCGCUGCCACACGCACCUUCCAGAGCACUUCUCUUUGCCUUGCGAAAUUCCACUCGAGCUCCCCUGUCAAAGACUCCUUGCCUUCGACUCGCUGGAAGACAAUUACGAUGGGAAUCAACGGAGCAAAAGCCUCCUGGAAAUGGCAAAUCUUUCAAGGGGCAGCUUUAUGAGAGCACGGCGGUGCGAUUGGCACGCGAGAGACAAGAGCAAGAACGCUUUUCAGAGGUUAGGAAAGAUAGUUCAGGAGGGUGGUACAUGGCAACCUCAUUCGUACUCUUCACGGUAGGCAUCGGUGGUUACUACCUUGGAACCCAAAAAGCACAAACUCCCUCCAGUGCAUCGACCGUUCCUCUCUCUGCCACCAUUCCCCCGAAACAUGACAUCUCUGGGUCGAAUAUGGAGGCCGCUUGGACAGAUUUCGUGGAGAUAGUGGGCAAGGACAACGUCUCGACUUUGGAAACCGAUCUGACCCAUCAUUCUGGCAGCGAAUGGAGCACGCAUAUUCAUGACGACACAGAGAAGCCUUUCCUUGUAGUAUACCCUGGAAGUACGGAAGAGGUCAGUGCUAUUAUGAAGGUCUGCCAUCGGAGGAAAAUUCCUGUUACCGGCUAUAGUGGCGGUACGAGUCUGGAGGGCCAUUUCGCUCCCACCAGAGGAGGCAUCUGCGUCGAUUUUGGACACAUGGACAAGAUUCUCACACUACACAAGGACGAUAUGGAUGUUGUAGUUCAGCCUGCCGUCGGAUGGGAACUGCUGAACGAAGAAUUGGGAAAGGAAAACCUAUUCUUCCCACCUGAUCCUGGGCCAGGCGCAAUGAUUGGAGGCAUGGUUGGAACUGGUUGCAGCGGCACAAAUUCAUACAGAUAUGGCACAAUGCGAGAGUGGGUACUCAGCUUAACAGUUGUGUUGGCAGAUGGGACAAUCAUCAAGACGAGACAGAGACCGAGGAAAAGCAGUGCUGGGUAUGAUCUGACGAAGAUGUUCAUUGGAAGCGAGGGAACAUUGGGCCUGGUCACCGAAGCUACUCUAAAAGUCACUACUAAGCCUAACACCACGUCUGUUGCAGUAUGUAGCUUUGCAAGCGUCAGACAAGCUGCAGAUUGUGUUGCGAAGGUAGUGAAUGAAGGCGUCCCUAUUGCCGCGAUUGAGAUCUUGGAUGGCAACCAGAUGAAGUCCAUCAAUGCUGCAGGCAUGACGGAGAAGUCUUGGACUGAAGCACCAACUCUGUUCUUCAAAUUCGCAGGAACUCCUAGUGCCGUCAAGGAGCAAAUUGGCAUGGUACAGAAGCUAGCCAAAAGUACAGGAAGCAAGACCUUCGAGUUUGCAAAGAAUGCUUCUGAACAAGCCGAGCUUUGGAGUGCAAGGAAAGAGGCUCUCUGGUCUGUAAUGGCAAUGAGAGAGAACGACACCGAUCACGUCUGGACUGGCGAUGUCGCGGUUCCUAUCAGCAGAUUGCCUGAUAUCAUUGAAGAGACCCAGGCGGACAUGGCGAAGAGUGGUUUGUUUGCUGCAAUCGUUGGCCAUGUUGGUGAUGGGAAUUUCCACACUAUCCUCCUAUACAAUGACAAGCAACGUAAGCUUGCCGAAGAGCUUGUCCAUCGGAUGGUAGUGAGGGCCGUGGAGAUGGAAGGAACGGUCACUGGUGAGCACGGCGUUGGGCUCGUGAAGAGAGAUUACCUCAAUCACGAAUUGGGCGAGACGACGGUGGAUGCCAUGAGAAAGCUCAAACUUACUUUCGAUCCCCUUUGCAUCUUGAAUGCCGACAAGGUCGUUCGCAUACAGAAGCCAAAGCCUGGAGAAGUCCAACCUUGGUAG